AUGAGGGUUCGAGUCCGCGGCCACACCAGCCUUCUUCCUGCUGUCACUGAAGCCACGCCCAACGGACACGCCUCCCGUUGCGAACGCCCGCCUACUUUUAAAGAGACACACUUUGUGUCUGAAGCAAAGACUUGGACUGAAGCUCAGAGCUACUGCAGAGAGAAGUACACCGACCUGGCCACUGUGGGAAACACUGAAGAAAUGAAGAAACUGAAAGACACAGUUCCUGCCGCUGGUGACAGGUCUCAGGUUUGGAUCGGCCUGUACAGUCAUGUGGACUGGAAGUGGUCAGAUGGGUUCCACCAGAGUGGAGCUGAAUACAGGAACUGGAGAAAUGACCAACCAAACUAUAAAGAAGCCAAUCAGCUCUGUGUGGUAAUGAAUCCAGGAGGAAAAUGGCAUGAUCAGUUCUGCAAUGGAAUGAGUUCAUCUGUCUGCUACAAUGACUCAGCUGCAGGAGGAUUCGAGUUUGUGGCUACAGUAAAGACUUGGUCUGAUGCUCAGAAGCACUGCAGAGAACACUUCACAGAUCUGGCCACUGUGAGGAACGAAGCUGACAACGUACAGAUACAUAGCUUGAUACCCUAUAACCGUUGGCCAUGGAUCGGUUUGUACAGAGAUCCUCCGAUCUACUGGUCCGACGGGAGUAACUUCUCUUUCAGCUCCUGGUUCCCGGGUGUCAACCCACUUGGCUCGAUGGAAGUCGUAUGUGGUGUUGCAGAUUUUAACAAGGGAGGAAAAUGGAGAUUCAUUUCCUGUGAAGCAAGAAAACCUUUUGUCUGCUACAGCAUCCCAAGCAACAUGCAGCCCAGAGACAGGGUUCCCGCGGGGUCCUAA